CGGCGGCGCCACUGGACACGGUUGUGUUCGACUACGCCCGACGCCGGGUCCUCCGGAAUUACAAGUCAAUUGUGUUUCUAAAAAGAACCCCUUCCCAUUAUUGUCAAUUCCUGCCUUCCAAUCGCAAUCGAAUAUUUUCGAAUUGCUGGUUUUCGAAUUCGCUUGUUCUUCGACAUAGACUUACCAUCAAAUACUAAUUUUAAAUUAUUUAUUGGAACUCUGAAAAAAACUUUUUUUUCAUAGACCUUUUAAUUGGAACUAUCGUGAUUGUAGUGUGCGAAUGUGCGGAUAGGGCAGAGGCGCCAAACUUUUGCCGCGCCGUACCGUUGCUGUAAGUUACGUAACUGUUCCGGGCAAAAUCGAUAUCCUGGGCGUAUAAAUAGCGGCUUUACGAUUGAGAACAGCUGGCCGGUAGCCAGCCACCAUGCAGACCACGAGGAUGCGGCGCCCCCGGCGUCACCGCUGGCUGACAGUGUCGGUGUUCUUCAUAGCGUACUCCGUGCUGCAGGCUGUGUUCACGGCGUCGACAGCGUCGGAGCCUGCCGUUGACAUCAAUUUGCCAGAAGAAGUCAACUCGCCAGUCCCAGCAGACACUAAAGAUGAAAUCGAGAAAGAUGCAACGAGAGAAAGAAACGGUGCAACUCCCACAGAACCUACAGAGAAAAGUCCAGACGAGGCAGUAGAAAGAACGACGGAGACGGAAGAUAUCGAAGAGGAGGAAGAUGGGAAGAAGACUAUGAAGGACGCCGGCUACAAAGAAGUAACUUAUAGGAACAUAGAUAUCUUCAGAAAUUAUUAUGAAGAUAAAGCAAUGGAAGAAUUGAGGAAGAACGAGGCCAUCGAAGCUAACAAACCUUUCCUGGCAACCGUCCACCCCCUCAGGGAAGACUGUACACCACCAGCCAUCGAACAAUUUCCGAGGCCGCUGAUGGGGCAGACAGCGCGCAAGCACGGUGGCCUGAUCAUCCACGUGCUGGUAGCUGUGUUCACGUUCAUCGGGCUGGCCAUUGUCUGCGACGAGUACUUCGUGUCCAGCCUCGACAGAAUCUGUGAAGAACUGCAGCUGGCUCCAGACGUGGCUGGCGCAACGUUCAUGGCGGCCGGCAGCUCCGCCCCCGAGCUGGCCACCGUCAUCAUUGGCGUCUUCUGUGCACAGGAUGAUAUCGGUGUGUCUGGUGUUAUCGGGUCGGCGGUGUUCAACAUAAUGUUCGUGAUCAGCGUGUGCGCGCUGUGCGCUGGCACUGUGUCGCACCUCAACUGGUGGCCUCUGUGCCGCGACUGCUUCUUCUACGCAGUCUCUAUACUGAUCAUGCUCUGCACCAUCUCCAAUGGAUUUGUGUCAUGGCCAGAAGCACUGUUCAUGCUGAUAAUGUACGGUGUUUACUGCGUGGCGCUGCGGUUUAAUAACACACUGGAGCGGUGGGCAAUGAAGCUGCGACUGCCCUUCAAGCUGCCCACCAGGGAGGAGCAGGCCGCGCUCGUCACCUACAAGAGUGCCGGAGGUGCCCCCCCUGCCACUGCGCCCGGAGUGGAGGGCCAGUACACUCAAAUGGAAGGCCAGACUAAGGAGACACCGAUGCAAAAUGCUCCGUACAAUCCUGACGGGGCGUACGACAAUGCGGCUUACAACGCAGAGCAAGCAACAGUACCGGUGUGGGACCCGGCCCACGCGUGGGACCCUGAUGCCGCCUGGUCCGAUAAUCCGCAGUCACAACAGCCGCAAGUUGCUCCCGCCACUGCUCCUUCGUGGCAAGACAAUCAGGGUUGGGGCGCACAAUCGCAAACCUCUACGGAACAGAAGGCGGCGCAGACCCCGACGCAACAGAAACCACAACCACAACAACCCGCACAACCAGCCGCGCCUGCUUACUACAAGGCCAAAGAGUAUAAUCCGGAGACUGCCGUGAACCCUCUCGUAAAACCUGAAGGAGCCAACACGCUGCAGCUGGCGUGGUGGUACGUGUCGUUCCCCAUUCACUGGUCAUGCCGCCACACGAUGCCCGACUGCCGCGGCCGCUGGUACCCCGUCACCUUCAUUGUGUCAAUGCUGUGGAUCUCCUUCUACUCCUACUUCAUGGUGUGGAUGAUCACCAUCAUAGGCUACACGCUGGGCAUCCCUGACACGGUGAUGGGGCUGACAUUCGUAGCAGCCGGUGUGUCUGUACCAGACGCUCUGUCCUCACUCGCCGUCAUCAAGGAGGGGUACGGAGACAUGGCGGUGUCCAACGCGGUGGGCUCCAACGUAUUCGACAUCCUGGUGUGCCUGGGGCUGCCUUGGUUCAUACAGACCGCCAUCAUCCACCCCGGCAGCCACGUCAACGUCAUCAGCAAAGGCCUAUGGUACUCCACCCUAUCGUUGUUCUCAACGGUCGUAUUCCUGGUGGUGGCGACGCACGCCAACGGCUGGAAGCUCGACCGCAAGUACGGCGCCGUGCUGAUGGUAUGGUACGUGCUCUUCAUCACCUUCGCCAGCCUCUACGAGCUCAACGUGUUCGGCUACUUCCACAACCCGGACUGCGUGUCCAAAUAUUAAACGAUAACUUUAUUAUUAGAUAGGUUUUUAUAUCGUUGUAGGUUCUAUAUGAGAUACAUAUAGAAUAUGAUAUAAGAACCUUAAUUAACAUAUUGUACAAGACGUACGUAAAACCUUAAAAGAGAUGUUACCUGAACCGUAAGCACAUGAGUAUAUAAGGCACAGUGAGGCAAAGCUUCAUGCAGUACGCAUGUAAGGUGUGUCAGCACUAGCGGCCUAUCGCCGCCAAUUGAUACAGUGCGACCAAGAUCUUAUGGAACUUAGAUGGCAUUGACAGGAGGGCGCUGCUGGUAAACAAGUGGUGAAAGGAAGAUUAAAUAGUACGUAAAAUCUCCUCACUAAAGGUAACAUUAUAAUUGAGGAGCUGGCAAACAAAACGGUAUUAUGGUAUGGUAAAACUAAUUUCUUUUUACAGUCCGGAGGUUUUGGCCAGCUAAAUUUGAAUUUCAAAUCAUUUUUAAUCAAAACCGCCUAAAACAGUGUUAAAAUUACUAAACUUAUAAAAAAACCAUGCCAAAAGCUCACUG